UAUUAUAACCAAAAUAUACACACACGUGUGAACUGUUUGGCCACACGAUAGGUCAACGUGGUGAACAGUUAUUUUAGAAACGCAUCCCACCGCGGCUCUCCAUUUAAAAUGCCUAUUUUACUUUUUCUGUUAGACACGUCCGCCUCUAUGAAUCAGCGCUCUUAUUUGGGUACGACGUAUCUGGACGUUGCUAAAGGCGCGGUUGAGGUCUUUAUGAAGCUGCGUGCCCGAGAUCCGGCUAGUAGAGGGGACAGGUACAUGCUAGUUACAUUCGAUGAGCCGCCAUACGGAGUGAAGGCCGGCUGGAAGGAGAACCACGCCACCUUCAUGUGUGAGCUGAAGAACCUGCAGGCAUCGGGGCUCACGACGCUGGGGCACGCUCUGCGCACGGCGUUUGACCUGCUCAACCUCAACCGUCUGGUGUCUGGAAUCGACAACUACGGACAGGGCCGUAACCCGUUCUUCCUCGAACCAUCUGUGAUCGUCACGAUCACCGAUGGGAAUAGACUCACAAACAGCUCAGGGGUGCCAGAUGAGCUGCACCUCCCUCUGAACUCUCCUCUGGCUGGCAGCGAGCUCACCAAGGAGCCUUUUCGCUGGGACCAGAGACUGUUUGCUCUGGUGCUGAGGCUGCCAGGAGCAGCCGCACCAGACACCGAGCAACUCGGCAGCGUCCCCACAGAUGAGUCGGCCAUCACCCAGAUGUGUGAAGUCACAGGAGGACGAUCGUACUGCGUGCGAACACAAAGGAUGUUGAACCAGUGUCUGGAGUCCCUGGUCCAAAAGGUCCAGAGUGGCGUCGUCAUUAACUUUGAGAAGGCGGGCCCAGAUCCACCUCUGCUAGGAGAAGAAAACUCUGUGGAGUCCAGUCGAGCCGCGCCGUCUUUCAGCCCUCAACCCUGGCACAGCUGCCACAAACUCAUCUAUGUGCGACCAAACCCAAAGACGGGUGUUCCAGUGGGCCACUGGCCCAUACCAGAGUCCUUCUGGCCGGACCAGAACUCUCCAACCCUGCCGCCCCGCUCCGCUCACCCCGUGGUGCGUUUCUCCUGUGUGGACUGUGAGCCCAUGGUGAUCGACAAGCUUCCUUUUGACAAGUACGAGCUGGAGCCCUCGCCGCUCACGCAGUACGUUCUGGAAAGGAAGUCUCCACACAUGUGCUGGCAGGUGUUCGUUAGCAGCAGCGGGAAGCAGAACGACCUGGGGAAGCCGUUUGGCUACCUUAAAGCCAGCACCACUCUGACCUGUGUCAACCUGUUCGUCAUGCCUUACAACUACCCGGUUCUACUCCCGCUGCUCGAUGAUUUAUUUAAAGUUCACAAACUGAAACCAAACCUGAAGUGGCGGCAGGCCUUUGAGACAUACCUGAAGACGAUGCCUCCAUACUUCCUCCUGCCCUUAAAAAAGGCUUUAAGAAUGAUGGGUGCACCAAACCUGAUUGCGGACACCUUGGACUGUGGUCUGAGCUACAGCGUCAUUUCGUACCUGAAGAAGCUCAGCCAGCAGGCGAAAAUCGAAUCGGACCGUCUAAUUGUGUCCGUGGGGAAGAAAGCUCCUCAAGAAACUGGCAUAAAGGUGAAGAACCACUCCAGUUUACUCUCUCUGGCCCAUCGGCGGGACUUCAAGCAGCUUCUGCAGGGAAUCACCGGGGAGGGGCCCCUUCGCCUGGCGGACAUCAACUUUAAAGAGUUUGCCGGCUUUCAGAUCGCCCUUCCAAACAAGGAAGUAAAGCCUCAAACUUACCGCAACGCCUACGACAUCCCAAGACGAAAUCUUCUCGAUCAGCUCACCCGAAUGCGCUCAAACUUGCUGCGGACGUCUUUGAAACUAAUCCAGGGCCAAGACGAAGAUUCCCUGCACAGUAUUCCAGUGGCUCAGAUGGGAAACUAUCAGGAGUUCCUAAAAAUGAUGCCAUCUCCCUUGAGAGAAAUCGACCCUGACCAACCCAAAAGGCUGCACACGUUUGGGAAUCCUUUCAAGCAAGACAAAAAGGGGAUGAUGAUCGACGAGGCAGACGAGUUUGUAGCGGGACCUCAAAACAAGAAAAGAGGAAAUUCCAGUGAUUCCAGCUCGAGUGCCACGAUGAAGCGAAGGCGGAGCAUGUCGCCGCUGCUGCGAUGGCCACAGGCUCCACCAGGAAACACCAACCAUGUGGUUCUAGGAAAGAGUCUGGCGGGGGUCCAGGGCCAGCAGAGCCCCCUCCAACACAAAGGGGACGGCAGCAACAUGGUGGCCCCUGAGAGCAACGGCGACAGCGUUCUCGGACUCGACUCCGCAGAGCUCUGGUCCUCUGAGGUGGACACAGAGGGGUCCACGUUGACUCCAUCUUCUCUGGGUUUAGAAGAGAAGGUGGGGGCGGGGUGUGAAGAGGACAUCGGUGUGGGGGAGGACACAGAGGAGAAAGAUCACCUGGAGGAGCUGCUGGAGGACAAGCACAGCUGUGAACGUCUGAGUCCACGGAGCGAGGCGGACAGCACCGAGGCCGACUCUGCAGAGCUGGACGCCAUUUUCAUCGCCCCGCUGGACGGCUGUCAGGCAGAGCUGCGGGGCCGAGUCAUCAAGGAGGUCCGCAAGCCUGGACGAAACUACGAGGCGAUCCUGGGUCUUCUGCAGCAGGUGAGAGGCUCAGUAAACCUGCAGAAGUACUUCAUCCAGCACGCCAUUAAAGAAGCUGUCAGGUUCAAAAAGCGGGUCUUGAUCCAGCAGCUGGAGGACGCCCUCACCGAGCUGGAGGAGAAGCAAAGCGCGUGCUCCCAGCUGCCCAACCACCACGGGACAUAG